AUGUGACCAGGUUGUCGGAAGUAAUACGCCAUGUUUAUCUGAAUCACCGAAUAGUCUUUCGAAUCGAAGUAUAAUUCCUUAACAAGGCCCAUAUUUAGCUGUUUAUCGUGAAAUUCACAAAUGGCAGGAGGUACACUUCAGAAAGCAAUUGACCUUGUUACUAAGGCAACAGAAGAGGACAAGAACAAAAACUAUGAAGAGGCUCUUCGUCUUUAUGAACAUGGAGUAGAAUACUUCCUGCAUGCCAUCAAAUAUGAGGCUCAGAGCGACAAAGCUAAGGAGAGUAUUCGAGGAAAAUGCAUCCAGUACCUGGAAAGGGCAGAGAAGCUCAAACAGUAUGUCAACAAGAAGAACAAGAAGAAGCCAGUGAUGGAUGGUGAGAGUUCUUCUGGUGGGGAAGAAGUCAGGAGAAUCCAAGAACAAUGAUGAUUCAAGUGAUGAAGACUCCGACAAAGACCCAGAGAAGAAAAAGUUCCAGACUCAGCUGACAGGGGCUAUUGUUAUGGAGAAGCCAAAUAUCCGCUGGGAGGAUGUGGCUGGUCUUGAGGGAGCCAAGGAAGCCUUAAAAGAGGCUGUUAUUCUACCUGUCAAGUUCCCACAUUUGUUCACAGGCAACAGAAAACCCUGGAGAGGAAUUCUUCUGUUUGGGCCCCCAGGAACUGGCAAGUCUUUCUUAGCCAAGGCUGUUGCUACAGAGGCCAACAACUCCACCUUCUUCUCUGUGUCAUCUUCAGAUCUUGUCUCCAAAUGGCUGGGAGAGAGUGAAAAGUUAGUGAAGACACUGUUUGAACUUGCACGAGAGAACAAACCCAGCAUCAUCUUCAUUGAUGAGGUAGAUGCCCUGUGUGGCUCUCGUAGUGAGAAUGAGUCAGAGUCCGCUCGGAGAAUCAAAACAGAGUUUCUAGUCCAGAUGCAGGGAGUCGGGAAUGACAAUGACAACGUUCUCGUCCUUGGAGCAACAAAUAUCCCAUGGAGUCUUGACUCAGCCAUCAGGAGAAGAUUUGAGAAGAGAAUUUAUAUACCCCUCCCUGAGGCUCCAGCCAGAACUGAAAUGUUCAAACUACAUCUCGGCUCCACACCACACCAGCUGAAUGAUGAAGACUUCAGAGAACUUGGGUUGAAGACAGAUGGGUUCUCUGGUGCUGAUAUCAGUAUUGUCGUCCGUGAUGCACUCAUGCAGCCUGUGAGGAAAGUACAGACAGCUACCCAUUUCAGAAGAGUGCGUGGUCCGUCCCGAUCUGAUCCUAGUUUGAUACGUGAUGACCUGCUAACUCCCUGCUCACCUGGUGCUCCUGGUGCUAUGGAGAUGAGCUGGACUAGUGUAGAUGGAGACAAGCUUCUAGAACCCAUUGUAUCAAAGAGUGAUAUGCUGAUGUCCUUAGCAACAUCCAAACCCACAGUUAAUGAAGAAGACUUGAAGAAGUUGGUGAAGUUUACGGAAGAUUUUGGACAAGAAGGAUAGACUACAGUACCAAGUGUAUAUUAUUCCCUGUUACCAUGGUUACUUAUUUGUUUGUGUAAUUUAUGUCAUGUAUAUGUCGGUAAGUGCUGUGUUUAUCAAGUGAGGCUUCAAAUAUACUCUGUAAGAUUCCACCAAACGACAAUCUGCAAUAACUAGUUCAAAUUUUCAUGUGAGAAUGUUGAAAUGAUUUCUAACAUUUCACAUGUCAUAUCAGUUUCGCUUUGAGACACCAUUAUUGAUUAUUUUCAGACAUGGACUUGGAAUAGAAUUCUGAAUAAUGAUAGGACAUUGAUCCUCUUGAUAUGAAGUCAAGUUUUAGCGAUUGGUGGCUUGGAAAACCCAAACUGCUUAUACCAAUAGCCAUAUUGCUGACAGUUCUAUUUCCUGAGGGUUCUGAUAAGGUAUUACUGCCGUUAUAUCUGUGCCAGUAAAUGUUUAAUGACAAUGUUUCACAGUGUGAUGAUGAACAAAGACUUGUUGGUUAGUGAUAUAUGAACUGAAAACUGCUGGUGGUAUUCUAAGCUGUUGUGUUCAGGCCCAAAUUUCAAGACAUGAACACCAUGUAUCGAGGAACUUCAGUAUAAUAGAAAUAUUUUCUAAAUCCCUGAAGUAUGCUUAACCCCAUUACUUCAUGCAGUAGUUAUCCAAUAGUAAAUGGCCGUAUGAGCUGGAAUGAUCUAGUCCCCAACUUGAUUGGGAACAGCCUCCCAGAAAAAGCAGGUCAGAACGGUUUAUGUUAAUGACACUGUGAUGAGAUGUUGAUUUGAGAUGUCUCUUAAUGACAACCUUUACAUUGAUGGACAAGACACGAUGACACAAUGAUGAGCCUCCAUUCAACCGUGAAUGCAUCAUUUAGAGAGAACAAGGAUGUAUAUAGUUAGCUGUGUGUGUCAUUUUCAGUUGCAUCACCAAACUUUAUGAGGAACCUGUUGACAGACUGUCAUGGGUUGUAUUUAACUGUGAAUGUUUAUUAUAUCACUGUGAUAAUUACUGCUCUAUACAGUACACAUUCAUCCACCAUGUCAUCAUGGAAUUGUUGAGACUAAUUCACUCGCUGUAUACUUGUGGAUGACAAGGACUCGGGAAAUAUAUCAUAGUACCACAUUAUUUUGAAUCGCAGUGUUUGUGUAGUGGUCAUUUUUUAUUCUGUGUCAGUUGUGUAGAAAUCACUAUGUUCUUAUUGAAAUUUUGUCAGUCAUUUUCGAUCACUGUCAGAUGUUAUUGUCUUUUAUUAACAAAUUUAGUGUUAUUAACAAUUUUUGUCAUGAAUGUUGGAAUGUUAUGUUUUCACGUAAGUUUAGGAACACAAGGACAUCCAUCACUGGAUGCAGUUCAGUUCAGUUUCAUACGAAUUUUGAGGAUUGGUUUGAUAAAAGACAUGGCUUCUUUGAAGCAAGAUAUUACAAUAUUAUAACCAAGUUUUACGGUUUUUGAAGAAAGAAAAAAUACAAAUGGAAAUCUUACAUUUUUUUAAAUUGACAUUUUGCAUGUAAGUUGAAAAAAAAUCACUCUCAAGCCUGUUUGACAAUUCAUACACAUUAAUUCAGAGGAAUUUGUGGUACUUUAUCUUCUUUUACAUGAGUUAGAAUCCUAACCCUUCUAUCUGUUGUAAAUAUCCUCUAAUAUUCUUCUUUGAUAGCUCGUAUUAUGGACAAUUUCUUACUGCAGUUCAACCAGCAGCAGAAGUGUGGAUGUAAAUAAGUACAUUAGGGUGAUGAAAUGGAGAAUAGUGCUGCUGUUUAUAGUAAUUUGUCAGCUUAUACAAAAUCACUUGUUAGGAAUAUAACUUCAUGUAAAAAAUUAUAGAUAAGUGAAGUAUAAGUUAGCAGUACACAGUAUAGAUAGGAGUGGUGGGUAGGCUAGUUGUUAAAGCAUUAACUUGUCACUCCAAAUGCUUCUGUUUAUUUUAGAAUUGAUGUCACUUUUUACAUUUAUACCUCCAUCAACACAAAAAAAAUCCCCAAGUCAUUGAUUAUUUCACAGACUGUAUUUUCAAAUAUUGACACUAAAAAUUGUAGACAAAAAUACAAGAUCAGUGAUAUCAUUCAGAGCAGUAAUGCAGAUCAACCUCUUUAUUAGGCAAUCAGGAAAUAAAAGUCUACUAUUGAGUGUUAUCAAUUUUUUUUUUAAAACAUGCAUAAACAAUUGCUUGAUUAGUUGAUUGAAUACCAUGGAAUCACUUGCAGUUUAUUUAAUUACGUCAAGCCUACCAAGUUCAUAUGGCUGGAAUAUUGCUAAACAAUGUGAUACUGGUAGAACUUUCAUUUUAAGAUCAGCAUGAAUAUUAGAACCUUUAGAUUUCAGCCACAGUUUGUAAGUAGUUGCCAUUCGACUCUGUACUGAAACGUCAGUCAUGUGACAAAUAACACCAGGAACACCUGUGGAAAACUCUCCUGCAAGUUUCCAACUUUUAAACUGGACCCUGAAUGUUUAGCUGGAUAUGUAUUUCUUUCCAAGAAUUACAUAUUCUUUUGAAUAAUUACAGCAUCUAAGAAUGAAUGUAUGACAGUGCAUAGUAAUAGGAAGGGCACAUGUCUGAAGGUUUAGGACUGUCAAACUGUGAUGUCAGCUGUUGUUUUUAGACUGCUGCAACUCUCUGCUAAACAUGCAUGGAGUGGUGUAGUCUAGGGAUACAGCGCUCAUUCUGUACAGGGUACAGAGAGUGAAGCAGGUUCCAGUCUCAACUGAUGAAACUGAAUUAGUACUAAAUAGGAGGCAAACCCAAAUUCCCUACUCGCUAGUUACAAUCAGCCCUCUGAAAGGAAACUGAUGAUUAAUGACAUUUUGUCUCAAACUGUUUUGUCUUUACAAGCAGAUGGACUGUAAUGACCUGUUCCAGAUAUCGCCUUCAGUUUGAAAGAUAAUUUAUUAAUUGUUUUCAAAUGGUCACAUAUUGUUAACAAAGUAUAGCGUCCUGUCUUUUAUAUAGGCAAUAAUGUUCAUUUCUGAUUACCUUUAGUUCUUAGUCUAUAAAGAAAUGGUUGGAAUGGCUUGGUGCAAGUGUAUUAUGUAACUGUAAUAUAAUUGUACAUAGGAUCCAGAAUUGUGUGGUAGAGGAGUUUUCAUGCCUACAUCAGUACCCAUGGCAUAUGAUAAAGCUGUUGUUUGUGAUUAGAUGCUGACAUCCACCUAAUGAUGUAAAAUAGAACAUGCUGCUGCAUCAAGCUCAGAAACAGAAGCUUCUCAGUAACCAUGGUAAAAUAUUUCAUGUCAUUCUCAUAAAUUGAAAACUCAAAACGUUUGAAAGGAAGGUUUAGUAUGUCAGACAAAUUCUCAUUCUCUAUCAGCAGUAUGUGUUACUUCUCGACAUCAAUAUGGAAUAGCGGCCUGAAUGAAUACUGCCAUGGCAUGCUAACACUGCGUGCUCACUGUAAUGUUACAGAGUUUAAGACUUUUUUAGUUGUUUUCAGGUAUGGCUUUUGUAAAUAGCAUUGUAAUGAGGACAUGUGUAGACGCAGCCUGUCAACUGAUUGUAAAUUUGCCUAGAUUGAAAGCUUGUCAUUGUUGUAAAAUAUAUUUCUAAAACUUUCAUCUUGUAAUAAAACUUCAUUCAGUCA